AUGGAACCGUUUAAAGUAGAUCUUGGCUAUCUUCGGGCAAUGCAAGAGAAACCCGUAAUUGAAGCAUACACUAAACCAGUAGCCGUAUGUCAUGCUAAGGAUGUGCGUGAACAUGAAAUGAAAGAAUUCGAGUUUAUUCAUGGCAGGAAAGUUUUGAUUGCCAAGUACGGUGGCCAAAUCCAUGCUUUAGGUAAUACAUGUACGCAUUACGACGCUCCGUUGCACACUGGCGUGUUGGGUAACGGGCGCAUCCGUUGUCCCUGGCAUGGAGCCUGUUUCAACAUUGAAACUGGAGAUAUUGAAGAGUGUCCCGGACUCGAUUCGUUACCGUGCUAUAAAGUAGAAGUCGAGAGAGGUGGUUUAGUUAUGGUGCAGGCAAAAUUAAAAGAUCUUGAAAGCACGAGACGUUUAAAAACGAUGGCUAAACGUGAUCCAGAAAAUCCUCUCACAUAUGUUUUAGUUGGUGGGGGCCCAUCUUCGCAAGUGUGUGCUGAAACUUUACGCAAAGAAGGUUUCACUGGCCGUAUUGUGAUAGUAUGUAAAGAAUCAUAUUUGCCUUACGAUCGCUCGAGGAUUUCAAGGCGUUUUGAUUUGAAAUUUGAUGAUAUACAAUAUCGUCCACAACAAUUUUAUGAUGAGCACAACAUAGAGGUGUUUGUAAAUUCUAAAGCAAUUGAAGCAAAUGUCGAGGAGAAGCUGGUAAUAAUGAAAGAUGAUAAACGUUUAUUUUAUGACAAAAUGUACAUUGCCACCGGCAGUAGUCCGAAACAAAUACCAAUCAAAGGUUUCAAUUACCACAAUGUUUUUACUAUGCGCAAUUUUGACGAUUGGAGACGUCUAAAAAAGGCUAUCGGUAAGAAUACACCUGUGAUUUGCGUAGGUUCAAGUUUUUUAGCUAUGGAAAUAGCCCAAGCAAUAAAAACUUAUAUGCCAUGCAGCGUUACUGUUGUGUCUCGCGCGAAAAUUCCAAUGCAAAAAAAAUUCGGAUUAAAAAUUGGUGAACGCAUUCUUAAAAUGUAUAAGGAAAAAAUGAUAACAAUGAUGAUGGAAACUGCAGUCCUAGAAGUUAUAGGAAAUGACUUGGGAGUUACACACGUCAGACUGAAUGAUAAUCGGCAGUUACCCUGUAAGGUUUUGAUAAUCGCAGCUGGGAUAAAAUUUAAUACUAAAUUCUUAGUCGGUUGUGGUUUGCCAAUUAACGCUAAUGGCUCGAUUGACGCUGACUUAUAUUUACAAAGUAUUGUCGACGAUGUCUAUGUAGGCGGUGAUAUCGCCAAUGCACCUGUUUAUUCCGAUUAUAAUCAUCGCUCUAACAUCGGCCACAUUCAGGUGGCCCAAAAUCACGGCUAUGUAGCUGGGGUAAAUAUGCACGGUUCAAGGAAAAUCGAAGUUCGUAGUGUGCCCUAUUAUACGACAACGCUGUUUAAUGUGACUUUACGCUGUUCUGGCUUUGGUCUUUUUAAGGACGUUAUAAUCGAAGGCGAUUUGGAGAAAUUAAACUUUGUCGCGUACUACAUAGACAGUCAGGACAGAGUGAUUUCAGUAGUUUCGUCUAAUCGCGAUCCAAUCGUUUCACAGUUCGCAGAAUUUAGAAAUCAAGGAAGAAUUCUGCGGCGUUACGAAUUGGUAGACCUCAAUAAGCCGUGGGUAAAUCGUUUGAAAGGGCCAAUUAAAUGCCAUUAA